AGCAGUCAGUGUGUAGUGUAGCGCGCUCGCGACAGUACCGACCGGUCGACGACUACAAAUUCGCAUUUGACAAAAUUCGUUGGUUUUUCGUUUUGUUUUGGUUUUUUUUUUUUUACUUAUUUUGUUUCCCUCCUUUACAAUUGAUUGUACCCGAAAAUUGUUCUCCUUAUUCUUUCGUCGUUUCGCAUAUUUAUUUUUGUGAUUGCGUUUUGUGUGCUAUAUAAUACAUGGAAAUUCGGAAAAAAAGAUUUUAAACAAUUUCGUUCAAUCAUUAUUAAUGUAAUCGUUAUUAUUUUUUUUUUUUUUUUUAACUAUUUCGAUUCAAAAAUUUUUUUAAAUCAAUAGUGAUAUAUAAUUGCCCUUGGAAUUUAACUCAAAUCUACUAAAUGUGUUUGGGCGGCGUCCACCACGAACUCGCGGCGGCGUCAUGGCGGACACGAUCUGAGCUGCAGUUGCGGAUGCGGCGCGUACACAGCCGCGGCCGAUGUGGAUCCCGAUGAUGGCUGCGGCCGCACAACACGACAGGGUCGUACUGUCACCGCGCCGGUUGCAGCAGCAUCAACAGCAGCAGCACACUCCGUCGCCGGAUCGCGAUCGACAUGGCCGUCGUACAUAUCUGCACAUGGUGCCCAUGUUACCUCCACCUGCCGUCCCUUCGACCAAUGACGGUCAGGACACAAUUAUUUCGGAUCGCCUCCAAGACACUUCAUUCCAAUAUACAUCCACUGCACCAUCAGUCAUUUCAGGAAAUGCAUUUACUACCCCGUCAAAAAUCCCCAACUCCAUCAACAAACUGAACUUAAUACAGUCACACUCCAAUAAAUGGGGCAGCUCAAGAAAGGUGCACGAAAGAUCCACUGGACCGGACUGGUUCGAGACGAAAAUGGCAAAUGCUAAGCUAGAGAAAAAAAGAUCGUCAAAGUGUUUUUGGAGCUCGUCAUUCGUAGUGGACCCAACCACGCACUUUCAUUAUAAGUGGCUUAUGUUAGUAACCGUCACAAUUCUAUACAAUUUGGUAUUUGUGAUCGGCCGUGGCGUAUUCUGGGAGCUGAACAAUGCGAUGCCGACCAUCUGGUGGAUACUGGACUACGCUUCUGACGGGAUCUACGUAGUUGACACACUAGUACAUGCACACGAAGGUUUCCUGGACCAAGGUCUCAUGGUUCGCAAUUCUCAUAAGCUUCGGGAAAACUACUUCAGUACGUCCAAAUGGAAAUCAGACUUCCUGAGUCUGCUUCCCACCGACUUGGCGUACUUGUGGUGGCCGUCCGGCAGCUGUUCGGCAUACGUCCUGCCCUGUCCUGUAAUCGUCCGUGCCAAUCGACUGCUCCGAGUACCGAGGAUGCUGGAGUUCUUCGACCGAACAGAAACCAAAACCGGGUACCCAAACGUGUUCCGAAUUUGCAAGGUGGUGUUCGCCAUACUCAUACUCAUACACUGGAACUCAUGCUUAUAUUUCGCUAUAAGCUAUGUGAUCGGGUUUGGGUCAGAUAAUUGGGUGUACAACUUGCAAGGUACUAGGAAUUCAUCGCUUUCUAGACAGUACAUUUACUGUUUUUAUUGGUCGACACUUACGCUCACAACUAUAGGAGAGACACCGCAGCCGGAAAACGAAUUGGAACACGUGUUCGUAGUGGCCGAUUUCCUUGCCGGUGUGCUCAUUUUUGCUACCAUCGUGGGCAAUAUCGGCAGUAUGAUCAGCAAUAUGAAUGUGGCCAGGGUAGAGUUCCAGAAUCGCAUGGAUGGCGUUAAACAGUACAUGGCCUUCCGGAGGGUUUCUAAGGAGCUGGAAGCAAGAGUUAUUAGAUGGUUUGCCUAUACUUGGGCUAACAAACAGGCUCUUGAUGAAGAACGUGUAUUAGCAGCUUUACCAGAUAAACUAAAAGCUGAGAUAGCUAUACACGUACAUCUCGACACAUUGAAGAAGGUCGAGAUAUUUCAGGACUGCGAACCUGGCUUAUUAGAAGAACUCGUGCUCAAGCUCAGACUCCAAGUGUUCAGCCCUGGAGACUACAUAUGCCGUAAAGGAGAUGUGGGCAAAGAAAUGUACAUAGUAAAGAGAGGCAUUCUUAGUGUCGUUGCCGACGACCAAAAAACCGAAAUCGCCACUUUAAGCGCUGGAAGCGUUUUUGGAGAGGUAAGCGUACUAGAAAUAGCUGGAAACAAAACAGGCAAUCGUCGCACAGCCAACGUCCGGAGUUUAGGGUACUCUGAUCUAUUUUGUCUGUCCAAAAGAGAUCUCUGGGAAACACUAAGGGAUUAUCCCGAAGCUAGACACAGCCUAAUGCAACGUGGUUGUCAGCUACUGCGAAAGGAUAGACUAUUAGAUGAGGACGCGUUCCUACAAGCUCAGACGCAAAAUGAAACCAUAAACGAAGCAGUGUCUAGAUUAGACUGUAACCACUACGUGUCCCCGAACCGAGGCGUGGAAGGAUACAUUAGAUUAGCCAACAGCAGGGACGAAUUCGGACAGCCAACUCUGCGGCAGUCCAAUCGCAAGCAGUCAAAGAACAAGUCAAAAUUCUCGACGGUCGUUAUGAAACCGAACCGGAAGCAAUUCGCUCAAGUUUAUACCACAAUGAAAGAUGUGACUACUCGGUUGUCAAAUCUCGUGACCGAAUAUUACAAUCAAAAUGUCAAGCUCAAUGAAAAAAUUACCGAAUUGGAGGAACAAAUACGAGUUGUCAAAUAUCAUUCAAUAACUGAUUCAAAAUACGAGGAUCAACAGGGUUCGAAUGUUGAAAAUGACUCAACUUCGUCAUCUAGCCAAUCAACGGUAUUCGGGACUUAUGCCACAAGGAGAUCGUUUAACGUUCCAAAGAAUUCUUGGGCUCGAAGGCGUCGUAAACUUAAGUCUACCUGAUGUUUAACGGACGGGCUAUCUCAUUUACAGGAUCCAUAUGCCUCGGCUUAAUAUAAACCACGGUGAUUAGUGUAUAUACUUGAUAUUGGAUAGUUAAAAAAAAUCCACUGCCAAUAUUUAAGUGCAUUGUAUGCAUACGGUUUAUAUUAAAUAAUGGAUCUAUGUAGGCAAAAAAUUAUGGGGUAGUCUACUGAAAUGUACAUACGAAAAUAUAUAUAAUAUAAUACAUAAAACAAAAAAUUGUACGCCAGUCAACAGUCAACUUUCUAUUUCGAUUUGCAUAUAAAUGACUUCUGUGUAGUUAAAACUAGUAUCAUGGUAUUUUCAUUAGCCAAGCAAGAGCUUAAUGGUGAUAUCAAAAAUACUGUAAAAUAUUCCUACAGAAAAAUGUUGUCUUGUCUACAUUGUCUGGUUUUUAAAUAAUUUAACUUAUUUCAUAGUAUAAUUUUACGUAAAAAAAUAAUCCAGUUAAAAUAUUCCCAUGAUGUAUCAAAUAUAAAUUUUUAAAAUACCAAAAUAACCAUAAAGUAUGUGCAUCACGUUCUUGUGUUCAUUUGGUUUGUAAAAAGUAAUGUACCUAAUAAAAUUAGUAUUUAAAUUUUUAUAACACCCACUACGUUUAAAAAUUAAAUUAAACUAAAAUUUAAUGAUUAGAUAUAUUAUUUUGUUACAUGAAAAUCUUACGAUAUUAAAUUCUAAUUUAUAUAGACUUAUUUUUGUUGAACAUUCAAUGUUCUAAACUUGGGUACAAACAUGAAACAAUUGCUAAACACAAUUAGUUUAAUGUUAUAUGAUAGUAAUAUCUGCUACGGAUCGUAAUAGAAUAUAAACCCAAUUUAAUUUAUCUUGUAACAAAAUAUAUUCUCGCAAACAUUUUAUUGUACAUAGACACAUAGUACAUACCAAUAUAUGAUAAAAGUUAUUUGAAUUGAGUGACAUAUCACUGUUGGGUCCCGUGGAUUUAAGCCUAAUUGAGUUCAAAAAAUAUCAUAAAAUCGAACCCAAAAUACAUUUAAAAAAAACAUUUUUCUUCCUAUUUACAGACUUAGAACUAUCAAAACGCGAUAUGUCAGUAAAAUUCUAAAAAAAUUGAACUCAAUUAAGCGUAUUAUUUUACGAAAUUCAGCCAUAAAUAGAAUUCCAGAUCUGGGACUAAACUCUGUAUAACUCGCGAAUUGAGUGCCAUUGCUUUGGAGAUUCUAUGUAGGUAUACGGUGACCGUAGGUUUCCUUUUACAUUCAAAUCUUUUACCUGGCAAUCAAUAGAAAACAUUGGGUAAGAAACAGAAAAUGCAGAGGGUGAUAAAAAAUGUAUCAGGAUUGAAAAAUUUCCGAGAACUAUUAAUAAACAAAAUGGUUCCAUAUAAAUUAAAUAUUAAAAUCGCGUAUUUUUUUUAUUUGAUGGCAGUUGGACCAAAUAUUUUUUAAACGAUUCAGCGUUCAGUUUCAGUUCUACGAAACACACACAACAGUUAUGGCACAAAAUAUAACUACAAUAAGUUAUCUAUAAAAUUACAAAUUCUUAAAUUAAUUAAUUGUAUAAUUAAAACAUAGGAUCACUUUUCUUCGUAUUGGUUUUAGAUGUAUUCAUUCAUUGUAUGUUUACUUUUACUAUCUACUCGUCAGUCAUCCAUAAAAUUCGUUAUUUAUUCUAAAGCGUAAAAUUGUAAUUAUAUUACCCUCAACUUUGUUCGUAUAAAAUUGUCGAUAAUUAAAUAAUACGCAACAUUGUAUCCAAAACUAAUCAAAUAUUAAUAGGUACCUCCCAUAUUAUAUUAAACAAAACUGUUGACCAACAAAACUGUUUUACAUUUUUCUAACAAUAUUGUACAGAAAGUACCUACUUACAUGGAUUGUUGUAGAGUAAAUUUUAAGAGUAUUAUAUUAUAUUUUCAAUAAUUCCUACAGUAUUUAUUUUAAUACUAAUUCAUAAUGUUAUUGGCUAUUUUGAUUUUGAUUUUGCAUAGUGCAUACUGCAUACACUAAUAUCACCCACCAAGCAUAGUUAUUGAAUCGUGUUAUGGAAAUGGAAGCCGUGUAAAUAAACACAAUCAUUGUUA